AUGGUAACGAGAUCCACGAGGCUGGGGUUCUCGACAAGAUUGGGAUACGGAACUGACGAGCCAGUUAGGAAUUCUUUAAAUGCUUUCAAAGGAAGAUCUAGCUUGUCCACUAACCGGCUGAAGCAGUGUACUAUCCAGAAACCUAAAUCAUUAUUGCUAUCUCAAGGGCAAAAUGUUUCUUUUGAUGUCUCGCCAAGACUACUACAUCACCAACUUUCCCAAAAACGGUCAUUCUCUCAAACACUCCAUGGAAACCACUACAAGUACAUCACUCCAUGGACUACCAAGAGCAUCACCAAGACUCGUUUCAACAGUAAAACCUUGCUGCCUUCAUCACCCCGCUUCUACUCCCAAAAAGCAUUCUCCAAGGAGGAAAUCGAGGAGGCCAAACAAUGGCUCGAUAGUCCCCAAAUCAAUAGGGCGGUUUUCGAAAUCACAUACAGCAGAAGCUCUGGGCCUGGAGGGCAGAAAGUCAAUAAAACCUCCUCAAAAGCCACCGUGGCUUUGGAGCCGUGGAAGUGGUUGAACCCGCAAUUCUGUUUCUGGAUCCCAAAACCGAUCUUGGCUCAGAUCGAAGAAAAGAAGAUCCGCUACCAUACAAAGCUGGGUGGUUUGCUUAUACAAAGCGACCGCAGUCGAAACAGGGAGGAUAACACAGCCGACUGUUUCAAGAAGCUCGGAGACGAAAUUAGAAGGGUUGUGGAGUUUGUAGGUGAAGUCAGUGAGGAGGAUAAAGCCAAGUGGGAGGAGUUGGCCAAGGUGAGUAAGGAGCGGAGAAUGGAGCAGAAGAAGCGCCAGAAGGAAAAGAAGCAGGGAAGGAGCAAGAAGUUUGAUCUUGGGUGA